CAAAUGAGAUAAUACUUGCAAAACAUUUAGGACAGUGUCUGACAUAUAAGUGCUUACAUCCUUCCUUCCUGUUUUCUUUCCUUCCCCUUUUCUCUUCUUCCCUCCUUCCUUGGUCUGAUUCCUUAUUUUUAAAUUGAGAUAAAUCCUUUUAAUGUCCUUUGCAUUCUGACAUUUAUAAGGGGGAGUAAAGGGAUUUUUAUAAAGGUUGGAAUAGAUUAUUUAAGAAUAGGGUCACCAGGAAUUUUAUGAAAUUCCAAAAAAUAUUAUAUAACAAUUUAUUUACAAAACAUAGAAAGAUUGAAGUAAGAAAUCAGAGACAGGAUAGGGCAAAAUACCUAAUCUAUACACUAAGUAUUUGCUCUGUCCCUGGCUCAACCCAGGCAGAGAAGCUUCAGUCUUGAGCUGAAGACCAGGGGAUGCAGGGAGUCUCUCUCAAGAGGGUAAGUCUCUUCUGAGAGUAGUCUCUUUGGAAAACCCAGGAAAGGAGUCAGCUCUUUUCACUCACCAUGUGUCAGUCCAAAGGGAGAGAUUUAAGAAUGGUCUCACCAAGUCCAGGGUCUCAGGUCCAGUCAGUAGAUUCUUUACCAGCCUCCAACUUGAACUCAGAACUCUGAAGAAUGAAAGCAGUCAAUAGUUCUAAGCACAAAGAACUCUUGAACUCUCAGAGGAAGUUACAGAUGAAGUCCCCACAAGAAGUUGUAACUCCUUUUUAAAGACACUUUAUUUUGUGUCACUUCCUGUGCCUUCCUCCACUUUUAUGUCUACCAAUUACAGUUGAAGCUUUGCUUAGGACUGCCAAGAGGGAAGUCAGUUUGAUUCUGAUUUGUCACCCAUUGCACAUGUGGAUCACAGACCUCUCCCACUCAGUGAUUAAGUGGGAUGUUUACACUUUUGGUGAUUAAAUAAAAAAAAUGGGCAGGGGAGUUAAUUUAAUCUUCACACAUUCUAUGGUUCUAUGGAUACCAGAGCUAACUAUUGUUUUUAUGAUAUAUAAGCCUUUAAAAAAGUGUUUGUUGUAAGAAUGCUGGUCAGGUGUUAAACCUGGUUUAAGAAUUGCUUUUGGACUCAUGAAAAUUCUUAUAGCAAGAAUGUCUACUCUUAGGAAAGAGAGGAUCCAGAAGUCAGCAUUUGGUCAUAAUAUCACUGGUCUGUAUUAUAUUUUUAAUACUUAUAACUAAUUUUGUUGAGAUGGAGAACUCAUGGUGAGGAAACUCCUUCAAUGAAAGAGAAUAUGAAAUUGUUCUGCAGUUUACACCCUUUAGAGCUGUGUUGGUGAACCCAUGGCACAUGUGCCAAACAGGACACACAGAGCACUUUUGUGGCAUACAAUCAAUUUGGCCUUACUGAAGCCCUUAAAUUUCCCCCCCUCUUUCUUGUUUACCUUUUUGUGGUUCUCUUGAAUUUUGUAUUUGGACAUCAAAAUUUCCAUUAAGUUCUUGUCUUUUCUUUAGGAAUGUUUGGAAAUCUUCUGUUUUGUUAAAUGUUCAAACUUUCCCCUGAAUGUAUAUUGUCAGUUUUGAUGGGUGGUGAUUCUUGGUUGUAAACUCAAUUCUCUUGUCUUUCUGAAUAUCAUAUUCUAAGCCUUGUGGUCCUUUACUGUGGAGUCUGCCAAAUCCUGUGUAAUCCUGACUGGGGCUCCUUGAUAUCUGAAUUAUCUCUUUCUGGCUGCUUACAAUAUUUUCUCUUUGGCCUGGAAGCUCUUGAAUUUGGCUAAUACAUUCCUGAGGGUCGUCUUCAGAGAAUUUAAUGUAGGGAGUGAUCUAUGGAUUCUUGUAGUCUUGGGCAAGUCAUUGAACCUCUGCUUGCUUCAGCUUCCUCAUUUGAAAAAAGGGGAUAACUGUUUUACCUUCCUCCUAAGAUUAGUAUGAAGAUCAAAUGAGAUGAUAAGUAUAAAGUACUUAACCCAGUGCCUGGUGUUGUUGUUUAAUUGUGCCUGACUCUUCAUGACCUUGUGGACCCUAAAAGCUUUUCUUGGGAAGGAUACUCCAGUGGUUUGCCAUUUUCUUCUACAUUGGAUUAAGGAAAAUAGAGGUUUAAUGACUUGCCUAUGGUCACAUUUGAACUCAGAUUUUCCUCACUCCAGUCCCAGCACUCUAGCCAUCUAGCUUCCUCUAUGUGCAUGGCACAUAGUAAGUGCUAUAUAGGUGUUAGCUGCUCUUAUUAUUAUUGUUGUUGUUGUUAGCUCUUCCUGGAAUGCUCUCUCUUAAUCUUUUUUCCCCAGGGAUGAGUCAUCCUGGAGUGGGGUAGAUGAGAAAUAAUGAAAGGAUAAAAAGUAUCCCUAAAAAUAAAUGAAAACUCAUCUAUAAAUGCUAUCUCCAGAAUCACUGAAGACUUACUAGAGAUUCCUGGAGAAUCUUGGGCUGUGAUAUUUUUGCACAGGCUUUGGUUAAUUCUAGCCUGUUGGAAGUGUUUGUUUUGGGAGAAGGGUGAAGUUAAUUUUGUAAGGUGAAAAGAUGUUGGGGGAGGGGAUAAUGGAUUCUGACUUAAUGCUAAUUACUGGUCAGUUGUUCAGGGAGACUGUGUUAGAAGGGAUGAUUUGUUGUAAAUUAGUCACUAGCUGUAUCGUUAUGGACUGAAAGUUUAGAACUCUGCUGUAAAGGUGCCAGGCUCCCCAAACCCUCAGGACUGAUGGCCUCACUUGGUGACAGCUCUAAGAAGACCCAGAUCAAUCACACCAUGUGUGACUGACUAUAAGACUUCUAUAAUGAGAUCAGUAUUUUUCAUUAUAAUUCUGAGGCUUUCCCCAUUUUGGUUUGAAAACAUGGAGAAUCUGGAUCGUUAGACAGGUUAUCAAUGCUUUCUCAGCUGCAAGAUCUGAAAUACUGCCAAGGCUACUAAUACCAAGAAGAUAUACAACCUGGCAGGCAGCAUCAAGCUUUCUGCCUGUAUCUGCUUUACAAACUCCAACUUUGAAUCUAAUGUGGCAGAGAAAAAAAAAGUCUUCUUAUUAUACAGUUGACCCCAAAGCAAAACAACCCCCUCUUUUUGAAGAUGAGUUGCUUUCCAUUAAAAAAAAUAGUCCUCAAAGGUUUGCUUUCUUAGUCACUUUCAAUCCUGGCUUUCCUCCAUUAUUCAUUUCCAUUUUCAACAAAGAGUAAAGGUGAGUUAAUGAUUCAUUUGCUCCCAAUGACCUUUUGAAUAACUGGACUGUGAUGUAUCAGUGUUGUUUCUGGUUUUCUCUCUCAUGGGCUCUCUCUCUUUAAAGAAAAAAAAAAGCCAAGCACCCUCCUAGUUUAGCUUUAAUAUUUACAGGCUGCUCUGCCUACAUGCCUGGACGCCUGAAGGGAACAAAACAUUUACUGCUUUUCCCUCCCCUGAGUUAGUGAGCUAUUUGAUCCUGCCCCAUUCCUUCCUUGACUUUGCAUCACACUUAGACUUGACUGGUUUGGAAUCCUGCAAGAGGUUUCCUGAGGAUCUGCUGAUCAAACAGAGAAGAUGGAUUCAGAUUCAGACUCGCCUUUUAACUACUCGUGGCCUUCAUUUCCCAAAAUGAAGAUUCGAAGGAGGGCAUCCAGACAAGAAAGGCACCACUCUUUUGAUGUUCUCAAAAAAUCAAAAAAUUCAUCCACUUUCCUUGCCGCAUCUCGACUUUCCAACAUGCUCAAUGGCAGUGAUGAAGUCUAUGCAAAUUGCAUGGUGAUUGAUCAGGUUGGAGAUUUGGAUAUUAACUAUAUUAAUGUAGAAGGUAUAACUGCCCAGUCCAGCCCAGAAUCCAUGAACUCAACUUUGCUGUCUCAGAACUGUGCAUGUGCUUUGCCCAAGGAAACCCGUCAAGAUAUUAUUGCAUUAAGUGAAAACAGUCAAGAAACAGUGAACAGUGGAGAGUGCCAGCCCUUCAUGUCUCCUACCAGUUCACAUCUGCCUUUCAAACUACGUGAAUUAGAAAAGGAACAAAGUCAAUUGAAGAAAAGAAGUUCCAGCCUUGAUGCUCUGGAUGUUGAUAGUGAAGGGGAAGGGAAUUCUGAGCAGUCCCAUAUCUGCUACCCUCCAGAGACUCACAUUUCCUCAGCAACAGGGAUCACAAGUGGGGAUGAAUUGGAUUCUUUUGAGACUAAUGUCGAACUGGACUUUAACAUCAGCAGAACUGAGUCGCUUUCUAUUUCCAGCAAUCUGCAAUCAAAGGAUUCGCUCCUCUCUGGACUCCGCUCACGUUCCUAUUCCUGCUCAUCACCCAAAAUUUCCUUAGGAAAAACCCGUUUGAUACGUGAUUACACAGUGUGUGAUUCAAGUGAAGAUGGUGUGUUCCUCCACAGUGGUCGUUCCCUCCUUCCGUCUCUUUCCCUGUCUAAAUCAGUGUCUCUGCUCCAUCCUUGUAAGCAAAGAGCUUACAGCUUAUCGGAACCAUCAAGAGAGAAAAGGAUUCAAGAGGAGGAGUGGGAUAAAUACAUCAUACCUGCCAAAUCAGAAUCAGAAAAGUACAAAGUGAGCCGCACAUUCAGCUUCCUCAUGAACAGAAUGACCAGCCCUAGGAAUAAAUCCAAGACAAAGAACAAGGAUGCCAAAGACAAAGAGAAAUUGAAUCGACAUCAAUUUGUCCCCGGGAUGUUCUCAGGGGUUCUGCCAUGUUUUGUUUGUGACAAACUCAUUCUGGGAAAAGAGUCAUUCCAGUGUGCUAUCUGUAAUGCCAGUGUACACAAAAGCUGCAGAGAAUGCGCCCUUCCAUGUACCAAGAAACUCCAGGAGAAAUAUCAUAAUAAGAACAGACCACAAGCCAUCCUUGGAAAUUCCUCAUUUAGAGAUAUUCCUCAUCCCAAUUCCUCGUCUCUGCAUCCUUCUUCUUCCAUGCCUAUUGGUCUCCCUACUGGAAGAAAAGAAACUACAUGUCCAGGGAACUCACUGUCCAGAAGUGUGCCUGGUACCAGCCUAGAAAGUUUCAGAAGGUCAGUCACAUCUUUGGAAUCAGAUGCUGACAGUAGCAAUUGGAGGACCAGAUCACAUUCUGAUGAGCUGUUACAGUCCAUGGGAUCUUCUCCCUCCAUGGAUUCAUUCAUAAUGGAAGAAGUUGUUGAUUCAUCUCUAUGGAGUGACCUCAGCUCUGAUGCACAGGAGUUCGAAGCCGAGUCCUGGAGUCUUGUGGUGGAGCCAUCAUUUUGCAGCAGGCAGGAAAAAGAUGUCAUCAAAAGACAGGACGUCAUUUUUGAACUGAUGCAAACUGAAAUGCAUCACAUCCAGACCCUGCUCAUCAUGUCUGAAAUAUUUAGAAAAGGAAUGAAGGAAGAACUCCAGCUUGAUCACAGUACCGUGGAUAAAAUAUUUCCCUGUUUAGAUGAGUUACUAGAGGUUCAUAGGCAUUUCUUCUAUAGCAUGAAGGAGAGGAGGCAGGAAUCCUGUGAAGAUAGUGACAGAAAUUUUGUCAUCAACCGAAUUGGGGAUAUCCUGGUGCAACAGUUUUCAGAAGAAAAUGCAACUACAAUGAAGAAAAUAUAUGGAGAAUUCUGUAGCCAUCAUAAAGAAGCUGUCAGUCUCUUCAAAGAGUUGCAGCAGAACAAAAAGUUUCAGAAUUUCAUCAAAGUGCGAAACAGUAACCUUUUGGCUCGACGUCGUGGAAUUCCAGAGUGUAUUCUAUUAGUCACUCAGCGUAUCACAAAAUACCCAGUUUUAGUGGAAAGGAUUCUACAAUACUCCAAGGAAGGAACUGAAGAACAUAAAGACUUGUGCAAAGCCCUUUGCUUAAUUAAGGACAUGAUUGCAGCAGUGGAUUUAACAGUCAACGAGUAUGAAAAAAAGCAAAAAUGGCUGGAGAUCCUGAAUAAAAUAGAAAACAAAACUUGUACAAAGCUUAAAAAUGGCCACGUUUUUAGGAAGCAAGCUCUGAUAAGUAAAGAAAGAACCCUGUUAUAUGAUGGUCUUGUUUACUGGAAGACUGCAACAGGCCGAUUCAAAGAUAUUCUUGCUCUGCUUCUAACUGAUGUGCUACUCUUCUUACAAGAAAAAGACCAGAAAUAUAUCUUUGCAGCAGUCGACCAGAAGCCAUCUGUUAUCUCCCUUCAGAAGCUGAUUGCUAGAGAAGUAGCCAAUGAAGAGAGAGGGAUGUUUCUCAUCAGUGCUUCAUCUGCUGGCCCUGAGAUGUAUGAAAUUCAUACCAACUCUAAGGAGGAGCGUAAUAACUGGAUGAGGAGGAUACAACAAGCAGUAGAAAGUUGCCCAGAGGAAGAAGGGGGAAGGACGAGUGAAUCCGAUGAGGAUAAAAAGAAAACUGAAGCAAGAGUGGCCAGAAUCCAGCAGUGUCAAGAGAUACUUAGUAACCAGGACCAACAGAUCUGCACUUACUUGGAAGAGAAGCUCCAUAUCUAUGCAGAACUUGGAGAGAUGAGUGGACUUGAAGAUGUCCAUCUAGAACCUCAUCUUCUUAUUAAGCCUGAUCCAGGAGAAGCCCCUCAGGCUGCCUCAUUAUUAGCAGCAGCACUAAAGGAAGCGGAAAGCCUUCAAGUUGCUGUGAUGGCCACACAAACAGGGGAUGCAAACCAUUCAUCUGAGGAGAAUUGUGGAGAAUUAGGCUCUACAGAUGCACUCCAGGCUAGUGAAGUACCUGAGCCUUCUACUGCUUCACAAGUUACCGAAGGAGAAGGAAGAAGAGAAUCUUGUAAUAUGGAAUCCUGUAUCCGUGGUAUUGUAAAUAACAUGGCAGGCCCUGAUGCAGGGGAGAAGGCUGAAUACAUAGAUUUUCCAGGUUCGUCACAGGCAGAGAUUAUACAAGCCAUCCAGAAUUUAACUCGUCUCUUGUAUAGCCUCCAGGCUGCCCUAACCAUUCAAGAUAGUCACAUUGAACUCCAUAAACUAAUUCUCCAGCAGCAUGAGAAAAUGCCCCAUGGUCUCUCCUUCCGGGGUGGACUGCUCCAGGAGCAAGAUAAGUCCCGCCAUUUGGAGAAACAGCGGGAAGAGCUGGCCAACAUCCACAAGCUACAGCAUCAGUUUCAGCAGGAGCAGCAGCGCUGGUACCGAAAGUGCGACCAGAGGCAGCGGGAGCAGGAGGCAAAAGAAAAAUGGCUGCAGGAGCGUGAGAAGGAGUGCCAAAGUCAGGAGGAGCUGCUCAGCCGGAGUCGGGGGGAACUGGACCAUCAGCUCCAGGAGUAUCAGCAAAACCUGGAGCGGCUGAGAGAAGGCCAGAGGAUGGUGGAGAGAGAAAGGGAGAAGGUCAGGAUCCAGCAGAGUCUCUUAUGUCACUGGAAACACAGCCGGCAGAGUAGUCUCCCAGCAGCCUUUUCUCCAGGAAAUGAGGUAACUGACCUCAUUCGAUCGGACAGCCUAUGCCACGAGAAUUCAUUCUUCGUAAAUGAAGCUUUAGUACAGAUGUCACUCAACACUCUCAACAAAUCAAACUCAUCUGGGGUGCCCCAAGAUAUCCUAUACCCCUUAAACAUCUCAGAUUCUGAUUUAACAAGGACUAGUGAGAACCAGACAGACCUCAAGAUGGAUAUUUCUUAUCACUCCGAUGUCACUCAUGAACUAUGGAGAACUACUGACCCUGGUCAUCAGGUACCAUCUCUCCUCAGAGGCAGCAAGGAUUGUUGUAACAAUGAUUUGGAGGAGAAUCAAAGUCCGUGCUCAAAAACGCCCAAUUUAAAUCCUGGAAGUACUCAGCCCUGGCAGAAUCCUGAGGCUAAGUUGAACUUGCCAUCCACAAGCUUACAUGAUGGGGACAGUGGAGAUGGAGUUGAAGAAAAUAUUGUUUACCUCUGAUUGUGUGUUGUCCUUUUGUGUUGCUUAAAACAAAACACUAGCACUUUGGAGAUAAAGUUGUAUUUUUUGCUUUCCUAAUGUGCGCAGUUGCUGUUUAUAAGAACUAUCUGCUUUAAGAAUAGUAUUUAAUAUUCUGUGCAGGAACUUUGUUUUUUGACAUGAGUAUAACAAUUAAGUUAUUUUGAAAACACUCCUCUUUUUUAUAAUCUUUAACUUAUCAUAGCCCCUUGCAGGUGUCUGAUGGGGAGGCCCAAUUUAAAUGAACAGAGAUACUUUAAACAUCACAGCGAUGCUAUAAAAAUUUCAUAUUGUAUUUGUAUCAUCUUGAAUCUUCAAAUUUCUCCUAAAACCUGGACUCAAAAAAAGAAUGGGUUCCAAGAGUUCCGCGACUGGCAUGAGCACUUUUUAGCCAGAGGCACUGCUUUACUCAAAAUGGUCAUGAGACUCCAGAAGGCUAAGUAGAAUAGGAGAGGCUCUUUCUCAGCCACCUUAAAUGCGCUCUUCUCACAUGAGGGCAUAGGAAUUGAGAUAAGAAUGACUGCGGUUAAGUGGUUACAAUGGAUCUUCAAGCUGUAAUCCAGGAUCCUCUUUCAACACAACUAUCCAAAGGAACCAGAGAUGUUCACCAGUCAACUACGGGUCAUGUAGUGAGACUCUUAUUAGAGGCUUGGACAAUACCAACCAUCUCCAGUGGUGUCAAGGAAAUAUGGACCUCCCAUCUGCUACUCAUCAAACAAAACCCUUCAAUUGUUUUAAAGGGGAAAACCAAAUAAACUGUGCUUCUGCUGUGAAGUCCAAUGCAUGUCUCCAGCUUUCCCAGAAAAGAAAAAUAGCCAGGCCCUCCCCUUUCCCCAUUUUCAAUGUAAUAUCAGUCUUUGUGUGGUAGAAAUAAACCAGGAAAUAUUUGCAUUUCUUGUUCUUAAGAAAUAUUUGUAUACUUUUUGUCAGUGUCAAUAAAUAUCUUAUACCUCA